AUCUCGAAACAAGCCUUUUGGCUUUGACAGGAGGGCUGGCUGUGGUUUAGAGGAUAGGCAUUUCAGGGCGAGGCAACAUUUAUUAACAUGACAUUCAACAACACACUCUGACUGAAGUAAUUCACCUCAGACACACGGACAACCUCGUCAUUUCUGUUGCUUGUGAAAAUGGAGUCUCUGUCUGCAGCAAACACACAGUUUUCCCUCAACCUGUUCAAGAAGAUCAGCGGAGGAAACGCAUCAGGAAAUGUGUUUUAUUCUCCUGUCAGCAUCUCCUCGGCUCUGGCCAUGGUGUCGCUCGGUGCCAAAGGAAACACCGCAGAUCAGAUGUUUAAGGUCUUGGGAUUUAACAAUCUUCCCAAAUCAGCCGGUGCGACUCCAGAAGCUCAUCAAUCGAUGAUGCAACAAGCCCAAAAGCCCAAGAGUGGAGUCAAGGAUCAACAUGGACAAGCAAUGAUGCAACAAACACAGAAGAUUGAUAUACCUGCAGAACUCAAGAAAGGUUCUGCAGUGCCUGGACAAAAAGCUGAGGAGCAAAUUCAUUCAAACUUCAACAAGUUUAUGAGUGAACUGAACAAACCAGGAGCCCCGUAUGUGCUGAGUCUCGCCAACCGCCUCUACGGAGAGCAGACCUACCAGUUUGUUGAGAAAUUUCUCAGUGAUGCAAAAAGAUACUAUGAAGCCGGACUGGAGAAGGUGGACUUCAAGAAUAAAUCAGAAGCUGCACGUGUCAACAUCAACACAUGGGUGGAGAAAAACACACAAGAGAAGAUCAAGGAUUUGCUGCCGUCAGGAGCCAUUGAUGCAAUGACAAGACUGGUUUUGGUGAACGCCAUCUACUUCAAGGGGAACUGGGAGAGGAAAUUCCCAAAAGAAGCCACCAAUGAUGGGCAGUUCAAGCUGAAUAAGAAUCAAACUAAACCAGUGAAGAUGAUGUAUCAGAAAGCUCAUUUUCCACUAGCUUCAAUCCCAGAGAUGAACAGUCAGGUUCUGGAGCUGCCUUAUGUGGGGAAGAAUCUCAGUAUGUUGAUCAUCCUUCCUGAUCAGAUUGAAGACGCAACCACUGGCCUUGAGAAGCUUGAGAAGGCACUGACCUACGAGAAGCUCAUGGAGUGGACCAAACCGGAAGUGAUGCGUCAACAGGAGGUUCAAGUCUCUCUGCCUAAAUUCAAGAUGGAGCAAACCUACGACAUGAAGAGUCUUCUGGUCAGCAUGGGGAUGGAGGAUGUGUUUGACCCACAGAAGGUUAAUCUAACAGGCAUGUCCUCCAGCAAUGACCUGGUGCUGUCCAAGGUCAUUCAUAAAGCCUUUGUUGAAGUCAAUGAAGAAGGAACCGAAGCGGCUGCAGCCACCGGUGCCAUAAUGAUGCUUCGGUGCAUAAGACUCCCACAGUCCUUUAAUGCAGAUCAUCCGUUCCUUUUCUUCAUCCGACACAAUCCCACCAAGAGCAUUCUGUUUUACGGACGCUUCUGCUCUCCAUAAACCAAUUGUCUGAGACUGACAGCUAGUUUAGCUGAUUAUCUAGUGUGCAUCAGGCGCAGAGACUCAGGAGAAGUUACUGUUGAUCAUAGGUGUCAACGUCAAUUCCUGGAGGGCCGCAGCUCUGCACAGUUUUGCUCCUAACCUAAUCAAACACUGCAGGUCCAACUAAUCAAAGUGUUCAAGAUUCUUUUAAACACCUCGAUUAGUUGCAUCAGUUGUGUUUGAUUAGGAUUGGAGCAAAGCUGCGGCCCUCCAGGAAUCGACUUUGACACCUAUGCUAUAGAUCAGUGGUAGGGAACCUAUGGCUCUCGAGCCACAUGAGGCUCUUUGACCAAAAAUAUGCGUCUCUCAAGGCUGUCUUCCUUCAAUAUUAUUUUACCGUU